AAUAUAAAUAAAUAAAUUCGAUCAGAUUCCGACGAAUCCCGUCGGUGGAGUUGAUCGAAAGUCGAAACCCCUCAUUGAAUCAUCGGAUUCAUUCGAUCGCACUCCCAAUGCAUUGAUUUCCAGUUCCGUUACUAGUUCUCCCCCUCCCGUUUUCCUUUUAGGGCUGUUUGAUCUCUGCAAUCCUCGCAUUUCCGAUGGCUGCAGCGGCUUCGGAUUCCGGUGAGGAUGGCGACCUGCAAGAAAUCCACGAGCCGGAUUUCUUAGGCGAGCUCUUCAACAUUAACUUAGUUCCCUCCGAUCUGUUCCUCAAGUUCCGCAAGCAAACCGAGGGCUUCCGCGUUGGGCUUAAUUUCAAGUUUUGCAAUGUUCCUACUAAUGAAUAUCAAGCAGCGGUUGUUCUAAAACCCAUGGCUUCUAAUAAGAGGUGGAAGUUUGUAUAUGAGCCCUUGCAUGGGGAUAUUCAGUUGCUCUCAAAGAAGAUACCUCUUACUAAAUAUCUGAACAUCCAGAUCGGACUUUGUCAUAGUUUCCAUUCGAAUGCAACUGGAUGGAAGUGGAAUCUAUCUACAUGCUUGGGUGGAGAUGGUGUUUCCCAUAUCAGAAACAAAUCAUCUCUUGGUCUAUGCCGGGGGGUUGAUCUGAGGAUUGGUUGGAGGGCAGAUUAUAUACCCCCUGAGAUCGAAGGGGAGGUUAGCACCGCGGAAUCUGUAUUAAACAUGAAGCAUGGCCACUUGCACGCAUCAAUAGAUAGAUUCGAAGCAAUUUUCACCAGCACAAAUUAAUUUUUGCAUUUAAUUUUUUUACUUAAUUGAAGUAUCAAAGCUAAAAAAAUAAAUAUCAUUCAUACACAUAACAUAUGUUAUGCCGGAGUGCAUCUAGAGUAGCUGCUAUGGAUGGAUACAAUGUAGAUAUAUAUAUAUAUCAUCUUUCCGAUAUUAUAGUAACACACGCAGUGGAUAAUUAGCACGA